AUGCUGAUGUCCUAUGGUCACGGGGGAGAGAGGCAAACGGUCUGAACCGGACAAUUCCGGUCUAUUCAUGAUGUCGAACAGGGCGGCAUGCCGCUCGCGGCGACUCUGUCAGAUUGUUAUUACUGGGAGUGAGGGGACAGCGUUGCAGCAGAUCCACCGGAACAGUACUCCCUUCCUUCCCCGGCCGCGAAUUGAUCGACCGUCUCCCCCGCUGGAAACCCUAGGAAACAGAACUUGUAAUCUAUCCCGAAAGCUAUUCCAUCAGAUUCACCGCUGGCGUUUGAUUCGGCAAUCAUAAACCCUUCUCGAUCAUCUCUGCAUCAGGAGGUUCUGCGAGCGAAUUUUCGUCUAAAGAUGCGAACUACCUCCGGCGUCCGUAAUUCAGGAUUUCAUUUUAUAGCAUGAAGGAGACGAGACGCGUUGUUGCUGAUACGGUAGAAGCGCUGUCUGCGGAUCUCCUACGUUCUGAUGGCGUCGCCCGUCAAGUUUCUCUUUGCAUUUCUUUUCGUCUCCGCGGUUGGAUGGAUCGUCUUCACAUUUGCUUCCAGGCUAUUAGCUUGGUUCUUGAGCCGGAUAUUGGGGGCAUCUGUUGGAUUUAGGGUUGCUGGCUGCAAUUGCUUGAGAGAUGUUAGUUUUAAGUUCAAUAAGGGUACUAUUUAUUCCGUGUCUGUUGGAGAAAUCAAGCUCAGCUUGCGCAGAUCUCUCAUGACACUGGGGUUCAGUUUCAUUUCCAGGGACCCAAAGUUACAAUUAUUAAUUUCUGAUCUAGAAAUUAUUGUUAGGUCGUCUGCACCAAGUGCUAAAAGAAGUAAAUCUCAGAGACCUCGUGGAACCGGCAGAGCUAAAUGGAUGGUUUUGACUAAUAUUGCAAGAAUGUUAUCAAUAACCGUCAAUGAGUUAGUUUUUAAGGUUCCUAAAGCUGCUUUUGAAGUCAAAGAUCUUAGGCUGGAGAUGUCAACAAGUUCUGGUUCAACUCCUUUGCUCAGUAUCAAGCUUUACCUUAUCCCUUUGCAUGUCCAAAUAUGGGAUUCAAAGACCAGUUUUGAUCAGUGGGAAUGCUCAGCUAGUGCUGAAAAUAGUUGUGCUCCUUUCAUUUGUGAAGAUAUGUCUGUUUCUUCCGAGUUGUGUCAUGAUAAGGAACAGGGAAUCCAAAUCAAGAAUUUGGAUAUGAGAUGUGGGGAUACCACCAUAAAAUUAUGUGAAAGUCUGUUCGUAAAGACUAAACUGAGAUCCGAUGCCUUUGCUGAGACUGGUUCAAGUAGAAGUUCUGGAAAUGAUCUUGAGUCAGCUAAACUAUCCCAAAACAAUAACUUGUCUUCUAUGUUGAAGAAGCAGAUAAUUUUAUUCCCGGACAAGGUUAAUUUCAGGUUGCCAAAGCUUAACUUGAGAUUCGUGCAUCUGAGUCAAGGACUUCUUUCUGAGAGUAAUGUUAUGGGCAUCCAUCUUAGAAGUAACAAGUCUCAGGUGUUGGAGGAUUCUGGGGAUAUGACAUCUCACCUUGAUAUUCAAACUGAUAUGACUGAAAUUCAUGUCCUCAAAGAAGUUGAUAGUUCUAUCUUGGAGAUUCUUAAAGUUGUUCUUACAGCUUCGGUUGAUGUUCCAAUGCAGCUGCCUCAACCAAUUAGAUCUGAGAUCGAUCUUAAGCUUGGUGGGACCCAGUGCAAUCUUGUUGUAAACAGACUGAAGCCUUGGUUAAGUGUUGAUUUAUCAAAAAAGAAAGAAAGGGUUGUCCAUGCUGAUCAGGAAGAGUUUCAGAAAAACAAAAAUGCGGCUAUCAUGUGGACAUUUACUGUUUCUGCACCAGAGAUGACUGUUGUGCUUUACAGUCUGAAUGAUGUACCACUCUAUUAUGGGUGUUCACAAUCAUCUCAUUUGUAUGCAAACAAUAUUGCAACCAAGGGAGUUCAAGUUCAUGCAGAACUUGGUGAAGUACAUUUCUAUAUGGCAGAUGAGUAUCAAAAAUGUGUAAAGCUAGAUUUAUUUGAUGCGGAAGCUAAUUUUGGAUCAUUACUCCAUAUGGCACGGGCUGGUUUAGAUUGGGGACUUCGGGAGAUGGAGACACAUGAAGAACAAGAUUCUAACCGGUUGAAAUUAGUUUUUGCUAUUGAUAUAACCGGCAUGGGGUUAUAUUUUAACUUCAGUCAUAUUGAAUCUAUAUUGCUGACCUUCUUCUCCUUCCAGCCAUUCUUUAAAAGUUUAACUUUUUCUCGUAAACGGGAUUUACGUGAUAAGGUCGGGCAUUCAAGAAAAACUAAUGCAAAGGGGACUCGAAUUGUAAAAGUAAACCUUGAAAAAUGUCAUAUUAAAUAUUGCGGUGAAGUGAGUAAGGAAGAUAUGGUCAUUGCGGAUCCCAAGCGUGUGAAUUUUGGUUCACAAGGUGGUGUUGUUAUGAUCAGCGUCUCUGCGGAUGGUACUACUCGUAGGGCAAGAAUUUUUUCAAAUACUACCAGUGGCUGCAAAAAAUUAAAAUUCUACACAUCUCUAAGCAUCUCUCAAGUUAAUGUUUGCUUAAACAAGGAAAAGCGCUCUCUGCAGAUUGAUCUCGAGCGAGCUCGUUCAAUAUAUCAGGAAAGUUCUCAUGAUCAGACAAAUGGUUCAAAAAUUACUUUGUUUGAUGUGCAACAUGCAAAAUUUGUUCGUCGCUCCGGUGGCUUAAGUGAGGUUGCUGUUUGCUCACUUCUCAAUGUCACUGAUAUUUCAAUUAGGUGGGAACCUGAUGUACAUUUGGCCAUAUUCGAAUUUGUGACUGCUUUGAAAUGCUUUUUACAUAAAAUAAAGAAUCAUGGUUCUCAUGAUGGAAUCAUUGAAGAACUUCAUAGCCUUAAAGACAGAGAAACUGAAAAAGAAAUUGUCACGGCACAGGCAAAAUCCUAUAAGAAGCCUGGUAAAAGGGAGGCGGUCUUUGCCAUUGAUGUGGAAAAACUGAAGUUAACUGCUGCGGUUGCUGAUGGUGUUGAAGCAUCUAUUCAUGUGCAGUCUAUUUUCUCAGAGAAUGCAAGGAUUGGUGUGCUACUCGAAGAACUUAUUCUAUGCUUAAAUAAUGCUAAUGUUUUCAAAAGCAGCAGAAUGCAGAUUUCUCGAAUUCCAGUUUCUGCUACAGGUAAUUCAGUGGAUGCUAAAGGACUAUUGACCCCUUCAUGGGAUAAUAGUACAUGGGAUUGGGUGAUUCAAGGUCCUGAUCUUCAUAUUUGCAUGCCUUACAGGCUGCAGUUACGUGCUAUUGAGGAUGCGGUGGAGGAUAUGUUGCGUGGCUUGAAACUUAUCACUGAUGCUAAGGCUAGCCUCAUGUUAAAUGUGAAAAAAGACAAUUCCAGGAAGCCCAAGUCCAAGCCUGCAAAUUUUGGUACUAUUAGAUUCAUCAUUCGCAAACUAACUGCGGAUAUUGAGGAAGAACCUAUACAAGGAUGGCUUGAUGAGCACUAUCAGUUGAUGAAGACGGAGAUUUGUGAGGCAGCUAUUAGAGCUAAGUUUCUUGAUGACUUUCUAGACAUGGGAAGCAAUUCUAGAGUUUCUGAACCCAAAGAAUUGUCUUCUGAAAGGAAGCUGUUCCAUAAUGGAGUUGAGAUUGACACGUCUAAUGAUGUAGCCAUUAAAGACUUGCACGAAGACAUUCAGAAGCAGGCAUUCCGUUCAUAUUAUAGAGCAUGUAAGAAGUUGGUACCCUCGGAGGGAUCAGGAGCUUGCACGAAUGGUUUUCAAUCUGGUUUUAAGACAAGCAAAAACAGAGCUUCACUACUAUCUAUCUGUGCUACUGAACUAGAUGUUACUUUAACAAAAGUUGUUGGAGGGGAUGCUGCAAUGGUGGAAUUCAUAAAAAAGAUGGAUCCAGUCAGCUUAGAGAAUGAUGUACCUUUUUCUCGGACAUAUGGAAGAGAUGUUGAUAUAACUUCAGGAUCAUUAGUUGUCCAACUGAGGAAUUACACAUUUCCUCUAUUUUCCGCAACUGCUGGAAAGUGUAAAGGUCGCAUUGUACUCGCUCAGCAGGCAACUAGUUUCCAACCUCAAGUAGAACAAGAUGUUUACAUUGGAAAAUGGUGGAAGGUGCGGAUGCUCCGUUCAGCCAGUGGGACCACACCUCCUAUGAAAAUAUACUCAGACUUGCCAAUAUAUUUUAACAAGGCUGAAAUUUCCUUUGGAGUGGGGUAUGAACCUGGUUUUGCUGAUAUUAGUUACGCAUUUACUGUAGCUCUGCGCAGGGCAAACCUUGGUACUAAGAGUUGGACAUCCACCACUGACGAUCAAAACAUAUCCGUAAGUAAUCCUCCCAAGAGGGAACGAAGUUUACCUUGGUGGGAUGAUGUGCGGUAUUACAUUCAUGGAAAAAAUUGCUUGUUUUUCAUGGAGACAAGAUGGAAUCUGUUGGCAACAACAAAUCCUUACGAGAAGUUAGACGAGCUUAAAAUUGUUUCAGCUUACAUGGAGAUUCAGCAGACAGAUGGCCGUCUAUUUAUUUUGGCAAAGGAUUUCAAGAUUUAUUUGAGUAGUCUUGAGAGUCUUGUAAAGAAUUGCAGUUUGAAACUUCCCAGUAUUUCCGUUCCUUUUCUCCAUUCUCCUGCUUUUUCUCUAGAGGUUACUAUGGAUUGGGACUGUGAAUCAGGUUUCUCGCUUAAUCAUUACUUACAUGCAUUUCCAAAGGAAGGGGAACCUCGAAAGAAAGUUUUUGAUCCAUUUCGUUCCACUUCUCUUUCACUGAGGUGGAAUUUUUCUCUCAGACCUUCUCUGCAAUGUUACAAUGAGCACUCCCCAUUUUCUUCUGUCACGAACGGCCUAUCACUAGAUGAAUCGUCGCAUGAUUCUUCGCAAACGAUUAAAAGCAUUGCUGCUAAUUCUCCAACAAUGAAUCUAGGUGCUCAUGACUUAGCUUGGUUGUUCAAGUGGUGGAGCCUGAAUUAUAGUCCUCCUCAUAAACUCCGUUCUUUUUCUCGUUGGCCACGUUUUGGUGUGAUAAGAGCACCCAGAUCUGGUAACUUAUCACUGGACAAGGUUAUGACAGAAUUUUUUCUUCGCCUAGAUGCUACACCAUCAUGCAUCAGAUAUACGCCCCUAAGUGAGGAUGAUCCUGCUAGUGGUCUUACAUUUGAAAUGACUCGGCUAAAGUAUGAACUUUGCUAUAGCCGUGGCAAGCAGUCAUAUACUUUUGACUGUAAACGUGAACUUCUUGAUCUCGUUUAUCAGGGCCUUGACUUGCAUCUUCUUAAGGCCUUUAUAUGUAAUAACAAUAAGCAAGAUGUUCAAUCAACAAAGGGAGCUUCGUUGGCACUUUCAACUGAUAAUUUUGCUAAUGAAUCUUUCACUCAUCCAACUGGUUCCGGCGGAAAAAAUGGUGAUGAUGGUUUUCUCCUAUAUUCCGAUUAUUUUACUAUUCGUAGGCAGGCCCCAAAGGCUGAUUCUGCCAGACUUUUAGCUUGGCAAGAAGCUGGUAGGAGGAAUCUUGAGAUGACCUACGUGAGGUCUGAGUUUGAAAAUGGGAGCGAAAGUGACCAUACACGAUCUGAUCCUAGUGAUGAUGAUGGAUUCAAUGUUGUGAUUGCGGAUAAUUGUCGACGGGUAUUUGUUUAUGGUCUUAAGCUAUUGUGGACUAUUGAGAAUAGAGAUGCUGUUUGGUCAUGGGUUGGUGGAAUAUCUAAAGCAUUUGAACCACAGAAACCAUCUCCUUCGAGGCAGUAUGCACAGAGGAAAUUGUUGGAGCAACAGAAAAGAAAUGAAGGCCUUGAAAUUCCUAAUGAUGACAAUCUUAGGCCUUUGGCAAUCCAUGGUUCAAAUUCCCCAUCCUCUCACCAUGUCGAAGCAUUUGGUUCGUUGCCUUCUGUUUCUGUUUCUGCUAAAAUGGAUUGCACAACAUCCAAUACUGCUGUGAAUCAUGGACGGAUUGGCGACUCUGAAGAGGAUGGGGCACGCCACUUUAUGGUGAAUGUUAUUCAGCCUCAAUUCAACCUUCAUUCAGAAGAAGCUAAUGGUCGGUUUCUCCUCGCUGCAGCCAGCGGUCGUGUCUUAGCUCGUUCUUUUCAUUCUAUUUUUCAUGUUGGGUAUGAGAUGAUUGAACAAGCCUUGGGCACCAGCAGUGCCUCAUUUCCUGAUAUGAAACCUGAGAUGACUUGGAAGCGUGCUGAGCUUUCUGUGAUGCUAGAGCACGUUCAAGCUCAUGUAGCACCAACUGAUGUUGAUCCUGGUGCAGGCCUGCAGUGGUUGCCAAAAAUUCUUAGGAGCUCACCCAAAGUAAAACGAACUGGUGCUUUACUUGAGAGAGUUUUUAUGCCGUGCCAAAUGUACUUUCGUUACACAAGGCAUAAAGGUGGUACAUCAGAGUUGAAGGUUAAGCCGUUAAAGGAGCUCAUCUUCAAUUCUCCUAAUAUCACUGCAACGAUGACAUCACGGCAGUUUCAGGUCAUGUUGGAUGUUCUUAGUAGCCUGCUAUUUGCUAGACUUCCCAAACCUCGUAAAAGCAGUCUCUCAUACCCUACUGAUGAUGAUGAUGAUGUUGAAGAAGAGGCUGAUGAGGUGGUUCCUGAUGGUGUGGAGGAAGUAGAGCUUGCUAGAAUCCAACUUGAACAAAAAGAGAGAGAAAGGAAGUUAUUUCUUGAUGAUAUAAGGACUCUGACGGUUUCAAAUGAUAUUGGAGGUGAUUUGAGUCUAUUUACAGAUAGAGAUAAUGAUUUAUGGAUGCUUUCUUGUGGAAAACUAAGAUUGAUACGUGGGCUGAGGAAAGAGCUUGGAAAUGCUCAAAAAUCUAGGAAAGAGGCUUCUUCAGCAUUGAGGUUGUCACUCCAGAAAGCAGCACAAUUGCGAUUGAUGGAGAAGGAAAAAAAUAAGAGUCCUUCCUGUGCUAUGAGAAUUUCGAUGAGAAUUAACAAGGUUGUGUGGAGUAUGCUUGCAGAUGGUAAAUCUUUUGCAGAAGCUGAGAUAAAUGACAUGAUAUAUGAUUUUGAUCGUGAUUACAAAGAUAUCGGUGUCGCUCAGUUUACCACAAAGUCCUUCGUUGUCAGAAAUUGUCUUCCAAAUGCCAAAUCAGACAUGCUGUUGUCUGCUUGGAAUGCACCUCCUGAAUGGGGAAAAAAUGUCAUGCUUCGUGUAAAUGCCAAGCAGGGGGCUCCAAAGGAUGGAAGUUCACCGCUUGAACUUUUUCAGGUAGAAAUCUAUCCCUUGAAGAUUCAUUUAACGGAAACAAUGUACCGAAUGAUGUGGGGUUACUUCUUCCCGGAAGAAGACCAAGACUCCCAGAGACGACAGGAGGUAUGGAAAGUUUCGACAACCGCCGGCUCUAGACGUGUAAGGAAAAGUGCUUCGGCCCAUGAAACUAUUCCAUCAAGUAGUUACAGCGCAAGAGAGAUUGAAACUACUGGAAGGCCUGUUAUGGCUGGUGCCCAGGUUAAUCCUAGCGCUUCAGUACAUGGCGAUUCUUCCCAAGUGUCGAAAUUGCAAAGUUUGAAAGCCAAUAUUGUCUGUGGUGCAAAUCCUGAAUUUCGAAGGACACCUUCAUGUGACAGAAUAGAAGAUACUUUAUUUGAGGUUGUCGCUAAUGAACCUCUCUUCCCACUACAUAGCUCAUGCAUUUCUUCAAAAAGUGGCCCACUGAAUCCUGCGCUAGAAUCUCAGCAAGCUGUUACCGACGACACAUUUAAGAGUAAAUCAAAAGAUCCGAAGCCUAUAAAGUCUGGCCGUCUGUCGAACGAAGAAAAAAAGGUUGGAAAAGCUCAUGACGAGAAAAGAGCGAGGUCGCGAAGAAUGAUGGAGUUUCAUAACAUCAAAAUUAGUCAGGUUGAGUUACUAGUUGCCUAUGAAGGUUCACGAUUUGCAGUGAAUGACUUGAGGCUGUUGAUGGAUACAUUUCAUCGUGAUGAGUUUAUUGGAACGUGGAGAAGGCUAUUUUCACGUGUUAAGAAACAUAUCAUAUGGGGUGUUUUAAAAUCAGUGACUGGGAUGCAGGGUAAAAAAUUCAAGGAUAAAGCCCAAACCCAAAGAGAAGGCCAUGUUGGUGUCGUCCCGGAGAGUGAUCUCAAUUUCAGUGACAGUGACGGCGGCCAACCAGGGAAAUUAGAUCAGUUUCCUGUAUCAUGGCUCAAAAGGCCGAGCGAUGGUGCUGGUGAUAGAUUUGUCACUUCAAUAAGGGGCCUUUUCAACUCCCAACGCCGCAAGGCCAAGGCGUUCGUCCUGCGAACCAUGAGAGGGGAAGCGGAUAAUGAGUUCAAUGGUGAAUGGAGUGAGAGUGAUACUGAGUAUCCUUUCGCUCGCCAAUUGACCAUUACUAAAGCGAAAAAGCUCAUUCGGCGGCACACGAGGAAGUUUCGCUCGAGAGCUCAGAAGAAUUCAGGCGCGGCUUUACAAAUUCGAGAAUCACACCCAUCGACGCCAAGGGAGACGAGUCCAUUUCAGAGCGACUCAUCUGGUGCAUCAUCUUAUGAGGACUUCAAUGACUAGAAGCUUAAGAAAACAGGUGAAUUAAUAUGUCAAGGAAUGGGGAUAAUCACCAUGGAAUCUAUUGGAAAUAUAGAGAUCGGAUUACCGGCGAGCAACCGGUCCUGGCUCAUAAUGGAAGUUAUUGAAAUAGAGAGAUCUGGGAGUCGUCGGCAAGGCAGAAUUUUCUUAUUCUCAUUCAAAGUUUUGAAAGUCAUGGUGCAUUCUAUAAAAAGAAUGUUGGUAGCAGCCACAGCCUCUCAUAUUCUGCUUGAGUUUCAAGGAGCAGUAAGGAUUUGUAUCCCUGCGUUCUUCUUCAAUCCAUUCAUAUAUAAUGAUCCUUUUAUUCUCAUCCAUUUUGUAACAACGCAGCUGUACAAAAAUCAAUAAAUUCAUGUAACUAUUGUU